GCCCACGCCCACUCCCACUCUCGCCCUUUGCGCACCGACAUCGACAAGUGUUACGAAACGGACGAGCUUUCAUAGGAGAACAGACCUUUACACUACACAACUUAGGGCACCUGGCUCCGAAGCAAACCGCCGGCUUGUUAUUUUUGCACGACUUUGGCUGCUUCAGCUCUUCCGUCUCGCUGGGUCGUGACGCAGCGCAGGCCUCGCUGGCAGCAGUCGACUUUCGUAUCAAUGUUACCGUAAUCGCGAUCCAUUUCCCUCUGGCUCCCGUCGUCGCUCAAGGUCCGCUCGUUCUCGCCCAGCUGCCCUUCCGGGUGCGUCACAACAAACACAUCGUCUCCCUUGACACCCCUCACUCUGACGCCGUUCACAAACCGCAACAAUGGAUGACUUCCUGGACAGCCCGAUGGAGAGCGAGGAAAGCUUUCCUUGCAAAGGCUGUGGAGAGAUACUUGAGGAGGGCAAAGCGUUUGAAUUGGCUGGCAACCGAUGGCAUCUUAACUGCUUCCGAUGCAACACUUGUGGCACUCUCCUUGACUCAGACGCCAACUUGCUCCUUCUUGGUGACGGUUCAUUGAUCUGCAACAAUUGCACCUACAGUUGUAACGCAUGUGGAAAUAAAAUCGAGGACCUGGCCAUACUUACUGGGGACCAGGCUUUCUGUGCCACGUGCUUCCGAUGUCGAAACUGUAAGAGGAAGAUCGAGAACUUGCGAUAUGCUAGGACCUCUCAGGGCAUAUUUUGCAUGAGCUGUCAUGAGUCCCUCAUGGCCAGGCGCAGGAAAAAAUCAAAAGCCGCCGCCCAGGCAAAGGCCCGAGAAAAAGAAAGCUCGCCCAUGAUCAUAGACAAGAGCCUACCUGCUCUGCCGCCCAACGCCAUUCCCAACGGUGCUUUCUCCAACGAUCGGGUGGAUCCCGAUUCAGACACUCCAACUGAGCUUUCACCCCGACCGAGGCCAUCCUAUACGCGACACGAAUCGUCCUCGAGAAGUAGUUCGCGGCCCGCUAGGUCGCCUGAAAGGUCGCAUGAUCACAGGGAGAGGGAAAGUGGUCUAUCGUUGCCGCAGACGAGCUACCGUAAUAACCGAAACUCGUCCCUCUUUACUGGCAGCGAUGUGGCAAGUAACGCAGCCGCAGAUGACCAGGCGUUUUUCAUCCCUGUCGCGCUCGACCCAAGCCCAGCUCCUGCUGCUACCCCACGGUCGACUGCGGAAACCUUUACAACGGGUUCGAACGCAAGAAAGGAGAAGGAUUACUUUAGCAUUUCUAAGAGUGAAACUGACCCGAGGAGAAAGGAGCAAUCACAGGCAUCCACACCUCACAUUGCUUUCCAGGAAAAGGCGCGUCAAACGUCAUCAGACUAUGAAAGCCCGCCGCCCAAAGACGUCACAAGGAGGCUCUCUAAAGCCUCGAAGACUGACAAGUCAAGGAUGGCUCCGGUGGUAAGCGAAAGAGCGCCAGAGAGAGCGACCAAUGGCAAAUCACAGUCCAAUGAAGAAUUCAAACUGCAAGAGGCUCCCAAGAGUAAGAAGUCAAGCACUCGAAUCUCUUCCCAAUCUGGGUUGCAACAUGUUGGUUCCCAGAGCAGCCAGGGGUCCAGCAGGAAGGACAAGGAAGGCCUAUCUACCAACACCCUUAUGGAGUCACCCCAACUACUGCAAGCAGGCGAAAAGGCUGGUACUCCUCGCAGCUCCCAAGAUUCUCGUUUCAUAGAUGAGGACGAGGUUAGAUCCAACGACUCUUCCGUGGGCUCGUCCUCAGCCCCUUCAAGGCCCAUUGCCAGAAAAGAGCUGCCGCCUUCCGCGUCCAGGAUGACCAAUGGAGGUACAAAGCAGCGCAAUCUGUCCGAAGACUUGGCGCCUCCACCUCCACCACGUCCUUCCGCUGAGCAGAAGCGCAGCGACUCCUAUAUGACACCCAGAGCGCCUCCUGCGCCCCCAUCAAAUGCUGCCGGCAAAGACGUUACCGGUCCUACGGAACAGGGAGAGCAAAAGACGUCGCCGAAGCUGCCGCGAUGGAGUAGUGGUGGAGAUUUCAGUAUGGAGGAAGAUAUGGCGCGUAUCCUGGGAACCGACGAGGGCUCGUCGUCCAUACUGCGUCGAGUUUCCAAUGCUGUGCGUCAUGGUCGAACAAAUAGCGCCGAGCAGAGUAACAAUGUUGUCCGCAUGGGCCAUGCCCGAAGCGUAAGUGAAUCGACGCGAACAACCGCAUCACCGCGCUGGCCCAAGACGCCAAUCGCCGAAGACCCGUUGAACGGACUUGCGCACGACAUUACAAACCCCAUCUCUCUCGCUGCGCAUGACGAUCCUGCUCUCUUGAAGCGUCGCCUUCGAAACUCCGAACAAAGAGUUGCGGAGCUUGAGAGGCAAUUCACCAGUGAGAAGGAUCUCAAGAACAUUAACCAGAGGCUAGAAGAGAAGCGAAAGACGGUGUCUAUACUGGAUACCCAGACCGAAAUCAUGAUACGCCAAUUAGAGGUACUGGCUGGCUAUGUCGAGAAAGCCAAGGAUACGAAGCGCCCUAUUGACCCCCGUGAUCUGGAGGAUUCAGCGAUCAAAGAAUUUGUCCAGAAGCUUGAUAAGCUCAAGCAGUCCAUGUCCGCAGCGUUGGAACAACUUCAUGAAGAGCGCGACACGCUUGUUGACGAGAAAAACCAAGCCAUCUCAGACCGUGACCGCGCACUGUUGGAGUUUGAGCAAUUGUCGUCAAAGAAUGCCCAACUUGCCGACAUGAACAACGAUUUGACCCAUCAAAUCCAAGAAAGAUUCAAGAACCACUCCGAUGUACGAUCGCCGAUGAGCGGCCUUGGCAUCUAUCAACAGCACAAGGGUGCCUCGAACAACUCUGUCCACCUGGAUAGCUCCAGUAUACAAACCGGCACCACUUUGAUUCCCGACCAAGAAGAACCCAUCUUGGAGGCUGGCCCUACUGUUGUCAAUAUUCGCAAGGGCAAGGUUCAGAAAUUUAGCUGGAAGAAGGGGUCGAAAGCCAUGGCCCAAAAUAUCGCCAAAGGAGUCAACAGGACGGUGGGUGCACUCCAGCAACCGGUCGAUCGUCGCGAACCACAAUUUUCGGGCGAGAACAUUGGCAUGCCUUACAAUAUGACCCAUACUCUUGUGGAGUCUCCGGUUGCACAAGUUCCGGUAAAUGGCCAAAAUCGUCAGAAUAUCAACAGCGAAAAACCGGGUUUCUUUGGCUUCAAGAAAUCGAAUACUGUGCCAAGAAAUCUAGGUAUGGGACAAUUCAACAACUCGAAUCUCGACGUGGCGGAAGCAGCCGACGUCCUCUUUGGUUCCGACCUUUCCGAGCGAGCCGAUUUCGAGAAGAGGCAUAUCCCAUGUGUUGUCACUCGAUGCAUUGAAGAGGUUGAGCUCCGCGGCAUGGAUAUGGAAGGUAUCUAUCGGAAGACUGGAGGCAACUCUCAAGUCAAGAUGAUCCAAGAGGGUUUUGACAAGAACGAGAAUUUCGACAUUUCGGACCCAGACCUGGAUAUUACGGCCGUCACCAGUGUCUUGAAACAAUAUUUCAGGAAGCUUCCCAUGCCAUUGCUCACUUAUGACGUCUACGAUCGAAUUUUGGAGGUUAACUCGAUUGCCGACACCGAGGAAAAGUGCGACCAUCUUAGGAAGACAUUCAAUCUGUUACCUCAAAAACAUCGGGACUGCCUCGAAUUCUUGAUGUUCCAUCUUGUCCGGGUCGCUCAGCGCGAACGGGAAAAUCUAAUGUCCCCAAAGAACCUGGCUGUGGUUUUCGCACCCACCAUCAUGAGAGAUAAAACUAUAGAGCGAGAGAUGACAGACAUGCACGUCAAGAAUCUUGCCGUGCAAUUCAUUAUCGAGAACAGCCAAACGAUCUUCUCCGAGGACUAAACGAUGGACCUUGGAACACAUGCAAACCACAAUAUUGUAUAUACAUUGACAUUUGGACGACACCCCCAAGUCGUACACUUGAACAGUCCGGUCGCAGAAUCAUCUGUGGGACAGGGUGAACGAGGACUGGGUUCACGACGAAUUGUCACUCAAGAGUACCCUACUAUCCAGCAUUGGAUCGCGUUCCGUUUUCGUUUCUUGCUAUGGUCCACGAUUACGACUCCUUUUUCAUCUUUUCCUGUCUUGUGUGGCAUAGGGAACUUUUUAAUGAUAUCCUUCAAAGCAUUGCGGUUCUCUGGAAUUCUUGCAUCAUUCGGGAGCUCAUUGGAAGGACUUAGCGGCAGGCUCUGGGGCGAUUCUUUAAAAUGUUUUUCUUAUUAGAGCUCGAUAUUUCGACAUGCGUUCUUCUUGCCUGCACAUGGUACAC